CGCGCUGCUGCGUCUGUGAUUCAACCGAGAAAAUCACAUUCACCAGGAGUUCUGCAGGUUUUAUGAAGAAAAACUCCUGGUGAAGCGACUGAAAUCCAUGUGACACACUAUUAUAAAGAUGGCGUUAAUUAAGGAGGAGAGUGAAGACAUUAAGAUUGAAGAAGCAUUCAGUGUGAAACAAGAAGACACUGAGGAACAAAUAGACCUGAUGCCACUAAAGGAGGAGAGUAAAGUACUAAAUAAAAUGGAAGAAUAUGAAAAACAGGAUUUCACAACUGGAGAAAAAUCUUUUAAUUGCACAAAGACUGAAAAGUCUUCCUCACAAAACAGAACACAAAAGACAGGAGCUAGUUAUUUCAACUGCUUUCAGUGUGGAAAGAGUUUCAGUCAACAUGAAACCCUUAAAAUCCACAUGAGAAUUCACAGUGGAGAGAGCCCUUUCAUCUGCCAGCAAUGUGGAAAAAAUUUUACUGAAAAAGGAAGUCUUAAAAGGCACAUGAGAGUUCACACUGGUGAGAAGCCUUUCACCUGCCAAGAAUGUGGAAGAAGUUUUACUCAAAAAGGAUCCCUUCAAAGGCACAUGAGAACUCAUACAGGAGAGAAGCCUUUCACCUGCAAACUGUGUGGAAAAAGUUUUAAAGCAGAACUGAACAUCAGGUAUCACAUGAAAAUUCACACUGGAGAGAAACCUUUUACGUGCCACGAGUGUGGAAAAAGUUUCAGACAUAAUGUAGGUCUCAAGACUCACAUGAAAAUUCACACUGGAGAGAAGCCGUUUACAUGUGAUCAGUGUGGAAAGUGUUUCAGGCAUAAUGUAAGCCUGAAGACUCAUAUGAGAAUUCACACUGGAGAGAAGCCGUUCACAUGUGAUCAGUGUGAAAAGAGUUUCAGAUGUAAAGUAACCCUUAAUUGUCACAUGAAGAUUCAUUCAAAAGAGAACUGUUUUAAAUGUCAGCAUUGUGGAAUAAGUUUUACAGAUAUAAACCAUCUUAACAGCCAUGAAAUAAUUCACACUGGAGAGAAGCCUUUCAAAUGUCACCAGUGUGAAAGGAGUUUCCAAUUCAAGAAAUCCCUUAAGGCUCACAUGAGACUUCACACAGGAGAAAAGCCUUACACAUGCACUCAAUGUGGAAGGUGCUUUACAUAUAAAGCAACCCUUGAUUCCCACAUGAGGAGUCACACUGGAGAAAGCCCUUAUACCUGCAAACUGUGUGAAAAAAGCUUCUCGCACAAUGGAAAUCUAAAGACUCACAUGAGGGUUCACACUGGAGAGAAGCCAUUCGUAUGUGCUGAGUGUGGAAAGUGUUUCACACGUAAAGAAAGCCUUAAUUACCACUCAAGGACUCACUCAAGAGAGGAAUGUUUUGUGUGUCGUCAGUGUGGAAAGAGAUUUACAGACAAGCAACAGCUUAAGAGGCAUGUCGUAAUUCACACUGGAGAAAACACUUUGAUGUGCCAUCACUGUGGAAAGAGUUUCACACAUAAAGGAAACCUAAAGACUCACUUGAGAAUACACACCGGAGAGAAGCCUUUCACGUGCAAUCAGUGUGGAAAACGUUUUAGACAUAAAGUAAGCCUCAAGACUCACAUGAGAAUUCACACUGGGGAGAAGCCUUUCACGUGCCGUCUGUGUGGAAAGAGUUUUAGACACAAUGUGAGCUUCAAGACUCACAUGAAAAUUCACACUGGAGAGAAGCCGUUUACAUGCAGUCACUGUGGAAAGUGUUUCAUAUUUAAAGGAAACCUCAAGACUCACUUAAGAGUUCAUGUUGGAGAGAGGCUUUUCUCAUGUGGUCGGUGUGAAAAGAGUUUCACAUGUCAAAGAGACCUGAAAUGUCAUUCACAAACUCAUUCUGCAAAUAGAUUACAGUGUUCUGAUUGUGGUAAGAGGUUCAGAAAAAGGAGCAAUUUUAAAAAUCACCAGCGUAUUCACUGUGGAGGAAGACAAUUUAACUGUGAUCAGUGUAAUAAAAAAUUUCUUUCGCCAUUACACUUACAGAUACACUUGAAAAGUCAUGCAGAUGUGAGACGCUAUCAGUGUUCCUUGUGUGGAAAGGGUUUCAAAUGGCCUGGCAAUUUAAAAUGGCACCAGAAACGACGUAUCUGUGUGAAAUUAAGGCUCCGUUCACAAUGCAGAUGAUUGUGGCCAAGUCUGUUUUUCUGCUCAAAUAUGCGUUUUGUAUUGUACAUGAAACGUAAAUAAAAGGACAUGAACUGAUUGA